GUGAGUGCACGAGGAGAAUGCAUCGUGUUGGAAUAAAACGUUUCGAGUUCCUCGAUUCUCUGAUCGUUCUCUCAUUGUUGCUCGCUUCUUUGAUCGACGAUACCGGGGGCGUCUGGAAAAGACGAGAGGACAAAACGAAAUGUCCAAGAGUCAAGGGAAUACGAAACUUUGAUAUAACGGAGUUUCUCGGAUCGUGGUACAUUGUGCAGUAUUAUGCUAGCUCCGAGGAAGCUCUCAUUUAUAGAUGUAUGAGAGCCGAAUUGUCGGUGUCGUCUGAGAGCGCAGAAGUUACUAUGAAUUUCACGUAUAGUUUUACCGAUGAUCCGAUCAAUGAACAACUCGUUGGUAAUAUCACAUGGAAAAUUCCUUCACCUGAGCUUCCAGCACAUUGGGUUCAUGCGGAAUUUCCCUAUGAAGAAAUAUAUAAUACUUAUAUAUUGGAUUCCGAUUAUAAAACUUGGGCCUUACUGAUGCACUGUGCCGAAAAAAAUAAGAGUCCCCGUUAUUUGUCUAGUUUCAUUAUGAGUAGACAGCCUAGUCUAGGGGUAAAUGUAAUUUCUUAUCUUCGUGAAAAAUUACCGAAGUAUGAUAUAGAUUUGGAGUAUAUGUUUCCUAUGGAACAAAAACAAUGCAAUCAAACGGAUAUACCGCCAUACAGUAUAUCUUUCGUUCCAAUAUCGACGGACAAGAAAAUUAAUUCUAGCAGAAGACAUUUAUUAAAACGAAAACACAGACGGCUUUAAAAUACGAUUAAAUAAUUAAUUAUGUUCAUACAUAUGUAUAUCGCAUAAUAUUAUAAUUACAGGAAUGACGACGAUACUUUAAGUUAAUCAGUUAUCAAUUUAAUUAUUAUAUUCAAAUAAUAUAUCUUUUUUUAUUUAUAAUUAUAUAAUUGUAAUAAAGCGUUAUCGUUUUUUUUUUUUUUUAGAUAUAUAUAUAUAUAUAGAUUUCGUCA